AUGGCGCAGGAUCGAGCUCAGGACCAAAAACAGAUUUAUGAGAUGACUCAACAACUCAGUUACUUGAUGUCCGAUACGCAACAUGCUCCCGUGGAGUUCACGAAAAGAGAGAGAUUUGUCGGAUUUUUCGGAUUUGUCGGAUUCGUCGGAUUCGUCGGAAAACAUACCAUCUUCGCAUAUAAUGUACUCAGCGAAGGCUUUUGGGCGUAA